UGGCCCAGACACGGCGUCCAAACUCAGCCCGACUAUCGAGCUCAGAUUUCAAAUCUCCUGGUGAUCCAAAGUUUAUGGAGGCGUUUGAGCUGAGUCCAGAGGAAUCUGAAGAUGUUCUUUUCAAAGAGGCAUGGCUUACAUACUUUUGGAGAAGAGCCAAAGUUCAUGGUAUAGAGGAGGACAUUGCCAAAGAAAGACUCCAGUUUUGGAUUAACUGCAGUGGACAGUCACCGACAUCACAUGAUGCUGUUGAUGGAUCCAUAGAUGCAUCAAAACAGCUUGCCGGGUCUAUUUUCGCCUUCAUAACUUGGAUGCAUACAACAGGGUUUGGAUCUUCGGGAUGGAAAAUCAUCUUUCGAGCUAAGCGUUUGUUAUGGAAAAGAUUCAAAAUUGUAUAACCUUGCUAAGUAAUUGAAGGUGUUGUAAAAAAGAAAUCCAUUUUAUAUUCACAAAUUAACCUCUUGCUAUCAAUGGCACAAAUUUCAAUGAUACAUUUUUUUUAUGAUUGAACUUGGAAUUUAAGUAAAGAAGGUACACAGAAGUAUCAAAAUUCA